UUAUUUUCUGGAAAAGAAUGGCUUCAGGAGUUGGCAAUGUCCUACAAAACUCAGAAAAGCUCGCCCUCUGCGGCAGUUGAGCUGCUCCAAUCCCCGCACCAAACUCUCUCUCUGUGGCAACUUGGCUCUUCUUUUUCCCCAUUUCAGCUCCAUUGCAGCUUCAAUUUCACCGCGCUUCCGUUUUCCAUCCGUAGCAUUCACUUCGUGAAAUGCAGAGAGGAGCUACGAGGAAUUAGAGGAAGAUGCCGCUGGUGAGGGUGCAGGUGAAGAGCGAGUUCGAGCUCGGAAACCCGGAGCUCUACAAGCAGGCAAACAAUGAAGACCCAAAAGCUGUGCUCGACGGUGUAGCUGUUGCUGGCCUCGUCGGGAUCUUGAGGCAGUUGGGCGAUCUUGCUGAAUUUGCGGGGGAGGUAUUUCAUGGGUUGCAGGAACAGGUGAUGACAACAGCUUCUAGAAGCCACAAAGUGUUGGUUCGUGUCAAACAGAUUGAAGCUGCACUUCCUUCCCUUGAGAAGGCAAUACUAGCUCAAACAAGUCACGUUCAUUUUGCUUACACAGCUGGUUCUGAGUGGCAUCCUCGUAUUCGAACCGAACAAAAUCACUUCAUCUAUCAUGACCUGCCACGAUUUAUUAUGGACUCCUAUGAAGAAAGUCGUGAUCCCCCACAACUGCAUUUACUAGACAAAUUUGAUACGGGGGGUCCUGGAUCUUGUUUAAAGCGUUAUUCAGAUCCAACAUUCUUCAAAAGAACAUCAACCUCAGGGAAAGUAAGCUUAGAGAAGGUCCGGAGUGACAAAAAGGCUCAAAAGAUUAAGAGAAAAAGAUCAUUGGUGCACAAUGGAGAAGUGAUACAUGGUGCAUCAGUUUCCAGUCUUAAUAGCAGCUUGCAGUUUACCUCCCUUACCAACCAAGGCGCUUCAUUUUCUCAAACUGCUACAGCUGAUACGACGAUGAAAUCAGAUGCUGGGGACUCUUCAAAUUCUUUUGAUUCAGGUACCGGGUCAGGAUAUGCAGGAAACGUUUUGAAAUUAGGUUCUUCCAUGCAAACUAAAGAACGGGAAUUUAGGGAAUCUUCAAGUUCAAGUUUGAUGCAAUUUAGCGAUGCUGUUGAUUCAGUUGUCCCAGAUGAACAAAGGAGGAUUGUAGAUGAUAAAUUUCAGUAUGCACUAGAGGAUCAAAACGAUUUGAGUUUCUCUUCUCAUGUCACAUGGGACGAAAAGGCAGAAAUAGUGAAGCCCAGGAGUCAGCAUGGUGUUAGUGAGAAGGCAGAAAUAGUGUGGUCCAGAGAUCAACAGGAUGUUAGAGAAAUGGCAGAAAUAGUGCAGCCAAGAACUCAACAGGAUGUUAGAAAGGAUGUUAGAGAAAUGGCAGAAAUAGUGCAGCCAAGGACUCGACAGGAUGUCAGAGAAAUGGCAGAAACUGUGCAGCCAAGGGCUCAACUGGGCAACGUAGAAAAGGCAGAAAUAGUGGGACCAGGGAGUCAACAGGAUGGUAGAGAAAAAUUGGAGAUAGUGGAGCCGAGCAGUCAACAGGACAACAAAGAUAAAGAGUAUGAGGUUCUUGUACCUAAAUAUACCUUGGAUCCACAUGAAAUGGAAGACUUUUACCUCAGGAAUGAUGAACAAAUAAGCAUGCUAGCUAAUGAUGGCCACCAGUCAGAAUCAAUUUACGAUAGGAAUGUGUUUGAUGAAAUUGAAAGUGAAACAGACAAUUAUAUGGAUGCACUCAACACCAUUGAAUCGGAAUCUGAAACUGACCUUGACUGCCAGACUAAACGAGAAGUAGAACCAUGCUUGUCCAAUAUAAAGUGUGAAGCAGAAGAUCCAAUGCACGACCUCCUUGAAUCUAGUUUGAAUCCUGAUAUUACAAUUCUUAACCUGAGUAAUGAUCCUCAAAAGUCCUUUGACAAAGGUAUUAUUUCAAAUUUAGUUUCUUCAGAUAGUUUUUACCAUGAUCAAAGGCUUGAAAACACCUUGAAGGUUUCUAGUCCUGACCGUCCUCAAGUAACCAAUUUGCAUGGAAAAGAAAUUUCCACAUUGGAAUCUGAUAUUAGCAAUUCCUUCCCUCCCGACUCCACUUCUAGUUUAGAGGAUCACUCAGGAAUUAGAUUAUUGAACAAGGUGCAUGAAUCCGGAAAAACUUCUUUAUCCAGCAAUCCUUCAGAUAGGUUUUGGACUAAUGGUGGCUUGCUAGGACUUCAGCCAUCGAAACCUCCUUCUUGGGCUGUAUCAAAUGCUUCUAGUGAGGACUCAAGUAAAGGUGAGAAACGUGGCCCUUAUGAUCAUGCAUAUGUGAUCAAUGGUAAUGCACAGGAAAUUAAAGUGGGUAUUUUGCACAAAGAUGGUAUUAACAAUGAAAAAGAUUCAACUUCUAAUAAGUCUUCGUUGCACCAUGGUGAUCAGAAAUAUGAUACAUCUGGUAAUAUAUUAAGGACUUGUACUCCAUUUCAGGAAUUGUCAAGAGGUGAUUUAAAUGCCAAGAAUGAAAGUUUUAGUAUCAAUAAUUCGAGUAAUGGAUCUAGUUGUGCCCACAUGAAUGAUAUGGUAAAGCCAAGUGCAAUAAUGGCUGGAAUUGCAUCUCCAGCCGUACCGGAUGUCAAUGGCAUGUGUACUCGAACCGGUAUGGAGAAAGAUGAAAACUCCAAUCAAAUUUCUGGACUUAGCGACCAAUUGUUUGUAAAUGGCUUUCAUAGAAAACUGACACUAAUACAUGAUGAAAGUUUUGAAACGACAUCUAUUUCCAAAGAGCACUUAGGCUGUGAUUCUCCUAUAGAUUCAUGUCCCCCUUCGCCUCCACUUGAUCACAUGAAGAUCUCUUUCCAUCCUGUUUGUAGCUUUGAACUUUCAAAAUUGAAAUUGAAAUUUCCCGAUGGCAGUGAAGGCCGUGGAAGCACAAAGGACAUAUUUCCUUCAUUUCAGUUGGCCCCCGAGGAGUCUAUUUCUGUGCAUGAGAUUGGCUCUGAGUCUGAUGAUGACACAUUCUGUAGGUCAUCUCCAUGUAUGUCAGAUGAUUGUCUUAGUGAUCACUCUAAGUCAAAUUCUGACCUGUGGGAAUCAGAUGACACUCCAGAAAGCAAAGGCCAGAAUUUGUAUGAUUUACACAUGUCUCAGAUGGAUUCUUCAUUUGAGCUUGAGGGGAUCCCAAAGAAUGGCAUUACAGUGGUUUGUGGAAGUGGAAGUUUAAACACUAGGAAUGGCAUGGAUGAAUCCCUUGCUGGUCCUUUACUUGAUCUUCCAUGUUUUGACAUUGUAAACCCGGCAAUGAGCGAAAGAAUCAACAAUAUUGAUGCUGUGAAUCUUCUUAAGUCGCAAUGUUCAGAUAAUCCUACUCCAGCUCCACCACCUCUUCCUCCUGCGCAAUGGUGCGUUUCAAAAGCAUCCUUAGAUAUGUCUGAAGACCAGAAGGAUUUAACAGCUAAUCCAAAACAGGUGGAACCAGUUGUCUUCCAGCAGCAAAUAACUCAUGAGUCCAUUGAAACCAAACCAAAUGCCAAGAAGCCAGAGCAAGUGACGAUGCAUGAUCAAAAAGAAAAAAACCGCAUUGGAAAUGGAAAUGUGAUGGAUGCUAGGGAAGAUUUCCUGCAACAAAUUAGAGCAAAGUCAUUCAACCUUAGACGCACAGUGACUGAGAAGCCGACCACUACAGCAGGACCCGCAACCCACGUCAAAGUCACAGCAAUUUUGGAGAAAGCCAAUGCGAUCCGCCAGGCUGUUGGAAGCGACAAUGGUGAAGAUGACGAUUCCUGGAGCGAUGGCUGAUGGCUGAUGGCUGAUGGUUGAUACGAAACGUAUUUUUCCCCAAGAAGCAAUUCUCACAGAGGUGCUAGUCGUUGCAUUUGUAAUAAAAUAUAUAAUAUAUCUUUGUGAAUAAGCUCAUUUCCUUUUGUAAGAUGGAGUAGUAGAGUUCAGUUCACCCUGUAUCUUAUUUUGGCCUUUUGACUUAUAUUCCCUUAGGAUCUGUCAAUUCCCUGUAAACAACGAGGAUUCAAAUAUUAGGUGUUGUUUCAACAUACUUGCAGCAAGCAAUACAGUGCAUAAAAAAAAAAAGCCUGAAAGUGCUUGUAAAUUAGAUUCUUUUAGUA